UUUGAUUUUUAAACUGGUUUUAGUAUAAACUUUUUUGUUUAUGUAAUUAGCUAAUAUGUAACAUAGAUUGAUCAGUUGGUUCAGUAGCAUUCUUGAAGGAACAAAAAGGAUGUUCCGACUUGAUCUGCUCUAUGUCUGUAUUGCUGUGGUCUGCUCCCAGCAUGUUCAUGAUCGUCAGUUCCUAGGACCACGUUCAAAACCCUCCUCAUCACCUCCCUAUUCCUCGUCUGCUGAUGUACCAAGCACCCCUGAGUAUAGACCUCCAAGCGAUCAGGAGUAUAGGCCUCCAGGCACUCCUGAAUACAGGCCUCCAAGCACUCCUGAGUACAGAGUACCAAUUGCUCCCGAGUACAGACCUCAGGCAAAUGGCUAUGAAGACCGUCCUAAUGAUUACCAACCAAACUAUGCAUAUGGAUAUGAGCCUGAGCAAUGUAUCCCUCGAGAUGGUCCAUCUGAUCAUGUUCCUAAGGACUAUGUGAAGAGGGAUGCACAGGACUAUGGUCAGCCAAUCUAUGGUUCCCCUCCACAUUAUGAAGAUGAUAAUGGUCCCACCAGACCAUCGGUUUCUGAGGAGAGUGGUUAUAUACCCGAGGAUAUUAUUGGGUUUCGAAGACAGUUUGUAUAUCUGAGGCAGAAAUAUCCUGGGACAAACUUGUUGGACUUGACUGAAUACUUAGCUGAUCCCAACUCGAGGGAUGCUCGCAUAUUUGGAUUACCAGGAUUACCACUUAACAUCCCUAACACCUUCAAUGAUGUGUUAACAAGCUUAGGAAUCAAUGGCUGGCCAUUCAACUCCUUUAUGAACCCAUCUUCCAAUCUGUUCAUGAAUCCUAACAAUCAGAUCAAUCUUGGUGGUGCCAUCAAUGUUCCACAAUUGUUCCCUUCCUUCGAAAAUGCUUUGCCGAAACAGAAUAACCCUAAGGUUCCUGGUGUAGAGACUUGUGGAAAUUCUGAUGGAGUGUGCAUGAAUCUUGGUCUAUGUUUGACUGAAGGGGGAGAACGAAUAGGAUCCUGUAGCGAGUGUAUAGGGUGUGCUACUUGCUGCAAGUUUGCUUUCUCAGAUCAGUCUGCUACUAACAAAACCAUCUCUUUCUUUCAAUCUCCUGGAUUCCCCAACACAAGGCGUGAUUCUUAUUCUUCUUCUCUUUCUAUUGAAGUGAGAGAAGAUGUAUCUCAGUUGCUGAUAGAGUUUGUGUAUUUUGAAAUGCCAAUUGGACAGGAUGGCUGUGGUGAGGAUGAUUAUUUGGAGAUUAUCUCUCCCCAAAGUCCCGGAGGACUACUAGGUCCAGGAAAUUCUAAAUUCUGUGGACUUAAUACUGAUCAACAUAUCUACAUUGAUGUACGUCCUGGAGAUCUUGUGAUAAUGAAAGUUGUCACCUCCGGAGUAGGUUUUGUUCCUCUAGCAAACAGUCCUGGAACAGAUAGAGACGAUCCCAGGAUACAUACUCAAACUCUUUUCAACUCAGGAGAUGCAUCAUACAGGUUUAGUGUAAAGGUCACUCAGAUCUUGACCAGUGUUCCCAUCGAGACAGCAUUCCUUGAUACUUCUAACCUACAACUUGAUGCAAACCUUGCAGCAAUUUACCUAAGCCGACAAGGUGAUAUCCCUGACUACUAUAAGAGGAUCUUGGCUCCUAGUGGGUGUAGACAAUACUACAUGGAUGGGAAAGGAACAAUCCAAAGUUUUAACUUUGACGGCAGUGCCCCAUUCCCUAACAAUUUAGAUUAUACUAUCUGCAUCAGGAAUCCUCCGAAUGCCUGUGGAAUAACCCUCUCCUCGGUGAAGUUUGAUAUUCCUACAUCUUCUCAUGAAUGUGCAAAUGGAGCUAAUGCUAUAUAUGGAGAUGCAGCUUGUUGUACAGCAGAUCCUAGUCAAAACCAUGGAGUUGUUAAAUACAUUGGAUUGGAUGGUACCUCAGAUGGAACCAUUUCUGGAACCAAAUACAAGAAUAAUCAAGCAAGAUUUUUCUUCUGUGGAGAUAGACUGGGGAAAACUAACAUGGUAGUGUCCAAUAGAAAGGGUCCAGCAACCAUCAAGGUGUUUUCUGAUGGAAACAAUGUUUGCAGAAACCCCGGUUUAGGUUUCCGUAUCAAAUAUGAGAUUAACACUGGUACUUGCUAAACCCCUUAGAUGUGAUAUCGUCAUAUGUAUUAGAUACAAUUCUAGUUUUUAAAUAAAGAUUUAUCAUAA